AUGGAGGAGGGUGGCGGGACCGUGAGCGCUGCGGUGCGGGAGCACCUGCGGCAGUUGUGUCUGCAGGAGUUUCCGUGCGGCGCAGGCAGCUGGAAUAAGUCGAGAUUUCUUCCUCAAACUUGGCGGACGUGGCGGGAGCUGGUCCCCAGAGAGGAGGAGGCUGGGGGCCCCGCGGAGGAGACGGUGGAGGACCUGCUGGGCCUGGUCUGCAGCCCCCAGUCGCCCUGGGCUCUGCUGGAGGGCUCCAGUGCUGAGGACCUGUUCCUGAGGCAGCUGGCCAUCCGGAAGCCCCAGAUGCUCAAAGAGGACUUCCUGUACUCCUAUUUCAGGUCCCUCCAGGUGGUGGACAAAGAGGUGAGCCUGGUGGAUAAAGACCUCCUGAAAUUCCCAAAGCUUGAAGAGUUGGUACUGAGUGCCAAUCAAAUCAUGGAGAUCGAUGCCUUCAAUCUGCCACCAACUCUCAAGGUGCUGGAGCUCUACGGCAACAUCAUCACCAGCAUGAAGUGUCUGUGUGCUCACCCUCCACCAGGCCUCCAGCACUUGGGGUUGGGCCACAACAAGCUUCUGGGCCCCCUGCAAAGCAUGUACAUCACCUCCCAAUACUGGCCCAACCUGGUGUCUCUGGACCUGGGCUUCAAUGACCUGACAGACCUGCAGGGCAUGGUGGCCAGCCUCAGCACCCUGCAGCGCCUGCGGCUGCUGGUCCUGCAGGGCAACCCGCUGGCCCUGGUGCCCUACUACCGCGGCUUCACCAUCGACAGCCUGGCCCGGCUCUGCGUGCUGGAUGACAUCACCGUGUCUUCCAGCGAGAAGCACCAGUUCCAGGGGCUCCGCUACAAAGCGGAUGUCCUGGCGCGCGAGGCGCAGUUCGUGGUGACGAUUGGAAACAUCAGGGGGGUUCUGGACUCCUCGGUCCUGGACCCGGAGCCGGGGCCCCAGGGGCCCUUCAUCACCUACAGCUACUACGUGACCUACGACUUCGUGGAGGACGAGGAGGGCGAAGGGAGCGAAUACGGAGGGGUCCUGGCCGAGAUCGUCAAGCCCACCCCCAGCGAGAACGAGGCCCCCGAAGAGGCCCCGGCCGCCCCCGCCGCCCCCGAGGCAGAAGACUCCGCCGAGGCCGAGUCCGCGCCCUCGUCCGCGUCGCAGUCGGUGGAGCUGGAGGAGUCGGGGGUGUCGGGCGGGUCGCUGUCGCUGCCGGGGUCCUUGGGCUCCGCGGAGGAGCUGGCGCAGCUGCGGCCGAAAAUAGACGUGCGGCUCUGCCCGUCGCCGGGGACAGUCCUCUUCAGCACCGUCCGCAAGCCCUGGGCUGACGUCAUCCCCUGCAACUAUGAGAUGCAGCACACGAUCCGGGACCUGGUGCCGCUCAAGGCCUUCCUGCUGGCAGGGACAACCGUGACCAUCGUGGAGGAGAAGAUUCUCUCCUGGCCCGUGGUGUCACCUCCUGUUGACAGUCUCUCGCCUGCCAAGGGAAAAGGGGAGAAGGAGAAAGAGAAGAAAGAGAAAGAAGAGAAAGAGAAAGAGGAGAAAGACAAGAAAGGGAAAGAUGAGAAAGACAAGGCUGCCAAAGGGGAGAAAGAGAAGAAGGAACAGAAGGGGACCAAGAAGAAGAGAGGGGUCUCUAAGGAGUUUCGCCAGGACCCCCCCAUCCUGCGGGUGCUGGGCAGCGGCCUGGUGGUCCUGGAGCCCCUGCUGGCAGGGGAUCCACUCGUGUCCACCCUGUGCAUGUUUGGGGUGAUCCGCACCUUGGAAUCCGACAGGCUGACAUUUCUCAGGGAUUCCAAGACUAAGAAAACUAAAAAAGCUUUGGAGCCAGGGAAGGCCAAGAACAAGAUGCCAGCCUUGCCAGGCUACGAGAGCGACUACCACCCCGAGCCCCUGACGGUGGAGGUGCAGAUCCAGGUGAACCAGUGCCGCUCGGCCGAGGAGGCGCUGCGGAACCUCGUCGUGUAGCCGCAUUAAAAGUGGUUCUGACGACCGCAGCCCCGCGUCUGUCUGCCCGCGUCGGGGAGCCGGGCGCUGCGGGAGCGGGGCGGCUUCUCCUGCCCGCGGGGGCGCCUGGGCCCUGG